GCCGCGACCGCGACUGAGAGCGACAGGCGGCCUGUGCGGGGAGAGGAGGACAAGGGAGCUCGGCAGCUGGCUCCCUUCCUCACCACCACCGCUCGCACCUCGCGCCCGUCGCCUGCGGCUCCCGCACCAACAUCCACCGGCACCGCACCCACACCGCACGGUGACGGCGCGCCGGCAUCGCAGGCACGCACGCCGUCAGCGCGUCGCGUAGAGUGCCUCGAGGUGCACUUUGUGUCGGCUCGAUUGCAGCGUGGGAAGGGCAGAGCUCGAGCGCUUCUUGCCCGUCGAGUUCGAGUCGCGCAAGCGUCGCACGCCACCUCAUACUGCACGACCACUUCGUCACUCGCUGAUCGUCUGCGCUCGUCAUCCCCACCACCUCGCACGGUGCAGCCUCCGUGAAGCAAGCCUGGGCUCGCGCCUCGCUCCGCACACAGCGUCGCCCGUUCACCAGCCUCUCCGCCACGCGCGCCGCCGCCGCUCGUCGCGAUGCCCUCUCGUGCGCCGAAGGUCAAGCAGGUGUGGCUGCGGCACGAGCCGUCGCACGUGCAGGCAAUCAUCGAGCCACGCGUCGACGACACGACGCCGUUCCACAUCGUGCCUCGCGUCUCGGAAGCAGCAGCGAAUCUGGAGCGCUCAGCGAUGCUCGGCGCCGAGUUGUUCGCGCCCCGCGACGCCGAGUUCAACGUGCGCGUCUGCUUUCUCCCGUCGGCGGCGAGCGCCCUCGAUAACACAUACUACGGCCCCGAGCCGGAGAGCAGCUACGUGCUCACGGUGCGCAUCUACAACGAGGACGGCGCCCUGGAAGCCAAGAGCUUCUGCAGCUUCAUCCACAACACACUGUGGCGCACGUACAGCAUCAACUGCGAUCUUCUCGACACAGAGCACCACUGGCCGCUGCUGAAGCAUCACGAGAGCGACGCAGAGCAGGCGCCGCUCUGCAUGGGCGCGCGCGUCGAGUGCGAGGUGCGACGCACCGUCAUCUAUGGCUUCGACGACGAGGAGGGAGAGCGCCGAGAGAGGGAGAUGGAGGAGGUAGACCAUGACUCAGAUGAUGGACCGCCCGUGGCGACGUUCUGCUGGCUGCGCAAGGACCCCUCGACGCGCACGACGGCCGUGUCCGAGUCGCCCGGCGCGCUCUCCGUGCUGUCUUCCGUCUCCGACCAGCUUUCGCAGUCCAGCCCGACCCGCAAGAAAGCUGCGCCCUCGCCUGCGCAUCCCAAGCACAUCCUCGUCCCCGACUCUGCCGAGUCCUCGACGAGCAACUCGCGCUCCGUCCUUUCGUCCGAGGAGGAGGACUCUGAGCCGUCAGGAUCGCCUGAGGCGCCGUCUCGCCGCCGCUCGCCUUCGCCCUUCGUCCCACCCGAGGCGGCGCGCGCAGGCAGCUCGCGCAAGCGCAAGCCAGCUGCGAACGCGCGUGUUGAGAAGGCCGUUCCUGCUCCUUCGAGCAGCACCCCGGCGAGUCAGCGACCCAAAGCACGGCCGUCGGCGCUGCGUACGCAGCGCGGGUCCUCUGGUCAGCGAGAGGCUCCUCGCCCGCAGGAACCUCGGCCGGAGGUCUCACGCCACGUCGUUUCCCCUAGUGUCUCGAGCCUAGGAGCAAGCCCGGCCAAGAGCGUCAGCCAAGAGGCUUCUGCUUCCACGAGCGCAGCCGCUGCCGUCGCUCCGCAUCUCAGCGACGACAUCGUCUCCGCCGGCAUCGCAGCGGCGCACGAGCAGACGCAACGGUACGCGCCGCAGGAGGCAGAGCCCGUCGAGGCGGAGUCGCACGCAGCGCCGCACGAAGAGGGCGAGUGGCAGGACUUCGGCGACGACAUGAACGACUGGCCCGGGCCUUCCGCGACGAACGGAGGAGGCGGCGCGCAGGACAACAGCGGCGACUCGGUGAUGCUCUCGUCGGCGCCACUGGAGCGCACAGCCUCGAGGCUGCCGAUGGUCCCAGAGCCGCAGCCGGCUCAGCAGCAAGAGCAGCCAUCGCACUCGACGAGAUCUGCGUCGAACUCGUCGGCGCUGGAAGUUGCCGCCCAAGUGCUGUCUGCGCCUCUCGCAGCCCGGCCGAGCGGCUCGUCGCACACUCUGCAUUCGGAGUCGCCCUUCGGCCAGGGCCUGCCGAAUCUGUCGCCGCGCGCACGCACGGCCACUCGCACCGCCUCAACGGAAGUGUACUCGCCCCAGCCUCGGCCGGCGUCGAUGCUUUCCGACGCACGAGUCCCACUCAAUGGCGCGGUCGACAAUCGCUUCGCGUCGACGUCCUUCCGCGACCACUCGGUGCUGAGCGACGCACGCGCGCCAUCGAUGUCGGCGCCGGCUCAACGCGCCGACUCCGUCGUGGCGCAUGCCGCCGCCGCUGCCUACUCAAACGGCAUCAAGCGCGGCGAGUCGUUCGACGAGCUGCAGUGGCAGGAGCUCGCGGCGCUCGGCAUCAAGCGCGGCGAGUCGUUCGACGAGCUGCAGUGGCAGGAGCUCGCGGCGCUCGACAAGCACGAGCUCGUCUCGCAGCUGCUGCAGCUCAAGAAGGAGUACGACGGCGAGCAGCGGCUCGGCGACGGCUUCUAUCAGACAACGAUGAAACAACGCGAGGAGCUCAUCCGUCUGAAAGAGUCGCAUGCGCGCGAGCAGAGCCGCGUCAAGGAGGAGCACGCCUCGGAGAUGCGACGGCAGGCCUCUGCUCUCUCACGUGCCGAAGCCGAGCUCGCAGCACUGCAGCUCUCCACCAAGGAGACGAUCAGCAAGCUGGAGGGCGAGCUCGACGGCACGCAGCACGAGCUGGGCAACGCGCGUGCGGAGCUGCGCUCGCUGCGCAGCAAGGUCGAGCGGCUCGAGACGCCGGAUCGCGAUGCGGUGCGCCGCAAGCGCGCCGAGGAGCUCGAGCGCCUCGUGGCGGAGGAGAGGAUGGAAGGAAGCUCGAAGCGCCUCCGCACCGGCUAGCGGGCGCGCGCCAUGAACCGCCGAGAUACCAGCCCUAUCACACCCUGUUUCCCCCUCCUCCGCUUUCGCUCCUCUUCUUCAAUCGUUACGCCUCAUCAUGUCACCUCAUUCACCUCUACGACCAUGCAUUGACACCCCAUUCACCGUGCUU